UGCGUUUUGAAUUUUUUUGCAGCAGGUGCACAAAGAAAACCCUGGUUAAACACUACUUAAACCCUUAUUUGGUCUCACUAUAUUGGACUCCAAAGUGUUUUCCUUUGAAGUUCAGUCAUAAUAAUGUCGUCUUUCGCUGCCAAAUUUGCAAACCAUAUUACGUCUUCCGCAAGAUCUACUUCUUUUCUCGUAUCUGGAGCUCAAAGGAGCUCGAAGCUCUGGUUGUCGACGGCAUCAUUUGGUGGUGAUGGUGAUAAUGAUGGUGUUAAAAACAGUGAAGCAGAUGAUAUACAUGAUGAGUUGAUUCCGGCGAAGCGAGAACCAGUACCGCAAGGUGUAGAUCCCAAGAGGGGUUGGAAUUUCAGGGGUGUUCAUAAGGCAAUCCUAUGUGGGAAAGUUCGUCAAAGCCCUGUGCAGAAACUCUUAAGAAGUGGAAGAACCUUGACGAUUUUUAGCGUUGGAACAGGAGGCAUGUGGGACCACAGAUCCAUCAGUGCAAAAGACUCGCCAAAACCAGCCCAAUGGCAUCGCGUCGUUGUCCAUAAUGAAGCACUUGGUGCAUAUGCUGUUCAGCAACUUGUCACGAAUUCUUCAGUUUAUGUCGAGGGUGACAUUGAAAUUCGAAUCUACAAUAAAGUUGUCACUGGUGAAGUUAUGAAAUUGCCAGAAAUUUGCGUUCGCUAUGAUGGUAAAAUUCGCCUUGUAAAGCCCGGAGAAAAUAUUGCCAAUAUUCCCUUUGAGGAGCUACGGGAAGGAUUGCAGUAACAUCAACAUUAGUGCCUGAUAUAUGUAGAGAACUGACUUGUUUCUUUAACGGCUAUAGUUUUGCUUGUUAGAAACAUAUCUACACUAUAGUCGAGUCUCUUGCAACUGUUCGAUAGAUGUUUUAUCUGAAAUGCAAAUCUAAUUCAGUUCUUUCCUGUACUAGUACAAAUUGGUUAAGUUCAGUAGCUUCCGGCUCUGAUGUGCCCUUCUACUUAUUAAAUCUUGAUUAUAUUCUUGAA